AUGACCACCGUCACAUCGUCCUCUGCAGGGCUCUCGCUCUCUGCAGAACGACCAAAGAACAUCGAGACUCAACACGAAGACAUGGUGCACGAUGCGCAACUCGACUUCUACGGCAAGCGUCUCGCGACGUGCUCUUCUGACCGCACCGUCAAGGUGUUUGAUAUUGUCAACGGCACUCCCUCCACCACUGCAGAGACGCUUCACGGUCACCAGGGACCCGUCUGGCAGGUUGCAUGGGCACACCCAACUUUUGGUGAUAUUCUGGCCAGCUGUUCUUACGAUGGAAAGGUGGUCAUCUGGAAAGACAACGGCGCAGGUGCUUCGAUCGGCGCUUCGGCUCCGUACGGCUCGCAAUCCGCUUAUGGAGCUCCUACAUCUUCGGCUGGCGGCUGGACCAAGAUCAAGGAGCACACUUUGCACACUGCGUCGGUGAACUCGAUUUCUUGGGCUCCUCACGAACUUGGCUCCAUCCUUGCCUGCGCUUCCUCUGACGGCAACGUCUCGGUUCUCACUUUCAACAACGACGGGACCUGGGCGGUCGACUUGGUAGCUGCUCACCCUGUCGGCUGUAACGCAGUGUCCUGGGCUCCUGCUGUGGUUCCAGGCUCUUUGAUUUCAGCACAGUCUGUAGGUGCUAACGCUGGUGCUGCAUCCAACGGCGAGGCAAAGCUCGUCAAGCGCUUCGCCUCGGCAGGCUGCGACAACACGGUCAAGAUCUGGGAAUUCAGCCAAGAGGCCAACCGCUUUGUCGAGGUAGAAGCGCUCCAGGGCCAUUCGGACUGGGUGCGCGAUGUAGCAUUUGCUCCCAACGUCGGCUUGCCCCGCAGCUACCUCGCAACCGCUUCGCAGGACCGGACCGUCUUGAUCUGGACCCAGGACUCGCCCACGGCAGCUUGGUCCAAGACCGCCUUGAAUCCGAUCUCGGCCUCAGCAGCAGCCGGUGCUGGUAGCAACAAGUUCCCCGACACAGUCUGGAGAGUAAGCUGGAGUGUCAGCGGCAACGUGCUGGCGGUUAGCUGCGGUGACGGCAAGAUUACCUUGUGGAAGGAGAACCUUAAGGGUGCCUGGGAAUGCGUUAGCGAGAUGGAUUCGUGA